AUGAUUAUCGCUGGUAUCGAGUUGAUCACUCUCCAUCAGCUUUGCCUGCUCCUCGUCGUUCUUCCUCUUGCCUCUAUCACCAUUACCUACCUUUCAUCAUGGUUGCAAAGCGGGAGCCGAAAGGCAGACUCCAAGAAUGAGCCACCCCUACUUCCAUACUGGCUGCCGUAUCUCCAACAUUUGCCAUACUUUCUCUGGAAUCCGGGCGCUCUGUACCUCGCUGGGAAGAAGCAGUACCCAGAGACUCCAUUCACUCUGGUCUUGGCGGGAACCAAAUUCCAUGUCUUCAACUCCCCCGAUACUGUCAAUCAUGUCUUCAGCCGAUCCAGAAAGUUCUCCUUUGAGCCCGUUAUGGCUAGUAUGAUGGAAAAUGGUGUCAAUCUUCCCAUUCCCGAUCGGCCAAAGUUCCUCUCUUCGGGCUCUCUGCCAGGACAACCCAAAUUCGUAAACGAGAAUCACAACAUUUGGGUACAGAAUCUGUCCGGGAAGCGUCUGGAAGAUAUCAUGACGAUCUAUAUGAAGCAUUUUCGACAGGUACUGGCUGGACAGAUCGAUCUGCACUCGUCUGACUGGAUCCGAGUCAAUUUGUACGACUUUGUUCGAAGAGUAAUCUUUGAAACUUCGGCCUUGACUUUUUUCGGACCGCGUCUGAAGCAGAUAUGGCCGACUAUGUGGAAUGACUGGCGACGAUAUGAUGAUGCAACGUAUGUUGGCGUGCGGACCAAUUGGGCAUACUAUCUGCAACCCGGGGCGUAUUCUGCUAGGGAGAAGAUGUUUGACGCUUUUGAGAGGUGGAUCACUGCGGCUGGCGAGCAGGAUUGGGAUGAAGCGGACGGAGCGUGGAGUGAAAGCUGGGGCUUUAAGAUGAACUGGGAGCGGGAUAAGCUGGCCAGAGAGAACGGUUUUACUUUUCGUGGCAGGGCUUGCUUACAGGCGAGCUUCCUAUUUGUGUAAGUUCAAGUCACCUCUGUGGUGGAGAGGGGUUCGCUGAUCACGUUAGAAUUGUUACCAAUGCUGCGCCAAUGGCAAGCUGGUUUGCGUGGUGUGCAGCUGGAACACCAGAGCGGUUGGCUCUGUAUCGAUCCGCUACUCAGCGUGUCGCUGUAUCCUCCAAUGGAGACAGCGGAGUGCUGUCUUCAGAUCUAGAUCUGACGUCGCUCAAACAGGAUCCCUAUAUCCACGGUCUCUGGCUCGAAGCUUUGCGUCUGGGAACUGCCAGUGCUGCAGCCCGUGUCGUGAUGGAAGAAGACAUGGAACUCGAGGGCUUUCUAGUACGCAAGGGCAGUGUCGUACUGUUGCCAGUCCAGCUAAUGCACUCCGACGAGGAAGUCUUCCCGGACUCGAGCGAAAACCAACCUGAGAGGUGGAUGAUUACUGACGCGGACCAGCUGAAGCGUAUGAACAACACGAUGCGACCUUUCGGUGGAGGGAAAUCGCUGUGCUCCGGCAGAUUCGUUGCUGAACAUGAGAUCAUCGGCGUGGUGACGAGUCUGCUGUUACUCUUUGAUAUCAGAUUCGAGCCAGGGUCAGAUACGUGGGAGUUCAACCCGAGAAGUAUCGGCGUGAUGGGGCCGAGGAAAGAUCCUAUUGUGUAUCUGCGGCGGAAACCGUUCUCGUCAUAA